AAUAUGGUUUUGAACGAAACCAGUUUUAGAUGGCCUGCUAAACAGUCCAGAGCAUAGCUCUUUUAAAUCUUUUCCAAAACAGAUAUGACUUGCAGUUAGUUUUUGGUUUAAUAGUUUUUAACCAAACGUUAGAAUUUUUUGUCACAUUUCACGAAUGGAAUUUCAUUUUAUUCUACCUGUCUUAUUAUUGGUCACGUGUUGCUCAGUGAAAUCAGUAAUAUCUGAGGAAGAUGAAAUAUUAAAAACCUUUUAUAAUCUUCUAAAUGAAAGACAUGCUGAUAAAGUAGAGUUAAAUACUCCACGUUUAAGGGAAAUUUUGAAAAAAAUAUUUCAAAAUAAAGAGAAAAAACCAUCUGAUUUAUACGAAAUUGAACUUGAGGCAAAAAAAUGGAUUGAAGAAUAUGGCCAUCGACGUGAUAAAAUUGCAUAUUAUUCAAGUCUUUUGAGCUUUAAUUAUCUUUCAAAUAUCACCGAUUCUAAUAUGAAGGCCAUGAAUGAAUUUUCAGCUGAAAUACAAAGGAAGGAAAGACCUUUAGAGGAACAUGCUAAAUAUCUUUUAGAUAAUUUAAAAAAUAGCAAAAAUGAGACUCUUUUAAAAAUAUUAAAAGGUAUUUCAAUUAGUACUGCAAGCAAAAACGAAUCAAAGAACAGGGAACUAUUAAAAUUAAAAUCUAAAUGCGAAGCCGAUUAUGGGGAGGGAACAGUAGAACUAGAUGGAAUAAAAUAUCCUUUAGAACCAAAUAUUACUACUAUGUUAGCCAAAUCUAGAAAUCCAAAAGUACUAGAAAAAAUAUGGAUUGAAUGGAGAAAUUCUGUUGGUAGGAAAAUUCGAAAAAUAUAUCCAAAAAUCAUUGAGAUUGAAAGAGAAAUUGAUGCGGAAAAUGGGCAAAAAGAUCCCAUAAAAUUUAGAUUGAAAGAGUCUUACGGAGAUGAUAAAGUUGAAAAGGAAGCUUCAGAUUUAUACGAUGAUCUAAAACCUUUAUAUGAAAAAUUACAUGCCUACGUUAGAUAUAAACUACAUAAAUUUUAUGGAAAUUAUCAAAAACCAUAUGGAUAUAUGAAAGCCAAUUUACUCGGAAACAUGUGGGCUCAACAAUGGCCCGAAAUACUCGAUAUUGUUGCACCAUAUCCAGAUUUACUGGAUUCUAUGAAUUUUUCAAAUUCACUAUCAGAAAAAAAUUUUACAGUUGUUGAUAUGUUUAAAACUGCAGAAAAAUUCUUUAAAUCUAUUACUUUAUUUCCUAUGGUAGAGAAAUUUUGGAAAAAUAGUAUGUUCACUAAGCCUACUGAUGGAAGGCAGGUUGUUUGUCAUCCGGCAGCCUUUGAUUUAGGAUAUAAGAACGACUAUAGAAUUAAAAUGUGUGCUGUUGUGGCUCAGACUGACUUUCUAACUAUACAUCACGAAAUGGGACAUAUUGAGUAUUACAUGUCUUACAGAAAUCAGUCUUAUUUUUAUAGAAACGGAGCGAAUCCUGCAUUUCACGAAGCGAUUGGAGAUACUAUUGCUUUGUCAGCUGGCAAUCCAACACAUUUAAAAACUAUCGGUCUAUUCAAAGAAUUAAAAAAUCCUUUGGAUAGAGAAAAGAGAAAUAUUAACUAUUUACUACAAAAAGCAUUAGAAAAACUGACAGUUGUUCCAUGGUCCCUGGUCAUAUGCAAGUGGACCUGGGCAGUUCGAAGAGGAGAAAUAAAACCAAAAGAUUAUAAUAAAUUUUGGUGGUAUUUAAGAAAAAAAUAUCAAGGUAUAAAACCACCAGUUAAAAGAGAUGAUGAUAUAGAUAUGGAUGCUGCUUCCAAGUACCAUGUUGCAUCUUUUACACCUUACUUGAGGUAUCUCUUUUCAUUUGUAGCUCAAUUUCAGUUUCACGAAGCGUUAUGCAAAGAAAAAAAGCAUGAAGGUCCUGUCUACCUAUGCGACAUUUAUAAAUCGACCAAAGCUGGAAAUAAAUUGAAGUCAAUGUUAGAGUUAGGUUCUAAGAGACCAUGGCGUGAGGUACUUGAGGAAUUUACCGGAACGAAUAAAUUUGACUCGAAAGCCCUGCGAAAUUUUUUUGAGCCUCUAGAGAAAUGGUUAGACGUGUAUAUUGAAACGAAAAACAUACCACUGGGAUGGUAAUUAUUCAAAAAUUAAAAGUUUUGAAGAGGCAAGCUGACAAAUACACUUAAUCUUACAAACAAUGAAAUAUGUUAAUAAUUUUCAUAUUAGUGUUACAUCCCUUUUUUGUUUGUUUGUCUCUUUGUUUUUCUUCUCUCUUUACUAUCAAUGCGCUCAAAGAUUAUUAUAUGAAAAAAGUCUUAUAAAUACACCGAUUUUUCGGUCCAUAAAUUCUUUUGACAAGUUUCAACUGUGAAGAAAGUAUUUAUCUUAUGGUUUGGAAAUUCUAGCCAAAAUUAACAUGUUUAUUUGACAUCUAACAACGUAUAUCUCCUUUGGCAUAUUUUUUACAGUUAAUAAGACAAUUUUGCAACUAAAGCAGUUCCUUUUAGCUUUAUAAAGGGGUAUCCGAUUUGAUAAGAAUAAUAUAAAGACUAGUGUGUAUUUUUACUGUGGAAUUUUUUUUAAGAAUUUAUAUUUUUAGAUAUUUUUAUAAUAAUAAAUUUCCUCUUUUUUUCUAUAGUA